AUGACAGUCACAGACCGUACUCCGAUCGGUCGUCGCUCGUCAACCCAGCACUACCAGACCUUCGAUACCCCUCCACCCAAGUCGCGUGGUCGUCCCAAUUCCGGCCAGUCGGAGUCUUCUGGCGAGGCAUCGCAUGAUCACCACAAUGACCUCACCGAGCACCACACACAGUCCCCAUUGCCGAUGAAGCAGAUGGCAGUGCUGGCAAUGAUUGCCUUAGCCGAGCAGACGGCGCUCAACUCGAUCAGUCCGUAUCUGCCGGAUAUGGCAUCUACUUUCCCCGAGGUGGAGCCGAGCCAAGUGGGCGUCUACGUGGGAAGCAUUGCCUCGGCAUUUGCUCUGGCACAAUUCGUCACAAAUUAUUUCUGGGGGUGGCUUUCCGACCGCAUUGGCCGCAAGCCGGUUAUUCUUCUCGGAACCCUGUUGACCGCACUCUGCUUCGUCGCCUUUGGGUUCUGCAAAACUCUCUGGCAAGCCAUUGCCGUACAAGCGUUGAUGGGUGUGGUCAAUGGUAACCAGGGUCUUGUGUCGACCUGUCUGGGCGAAAUUACAGAUCGGAGCAAUCAGUCUCAGGCCUUUACUUGGCUUCCUGUCCUCUACGGCAUUGGAGGCAUUACGGGCCCACUCCUGGGUGGUCUUCUGGUCUUCGAGCGCAACCCCUUCACGGGCAAGAAGAGCACAUACCCAUACCUGGCGCCUAACCUCCUGUCCGCAUUCAUUCUCCUGAUUGACUUCGUCUUGACUGCACUACUCAUGGAAGAAAGUCUGGAAGAUGCGGACACCAUUCCCAAGUUUGGCAAGAAGUUCCGCAGUCUCUUCUCAUGGAUAUGGCAGUUCACAGGUCUUUCCAGUCACCCAACCUAUCUUCGGGUUCCAAAUGGCCCCGUUCGCCGCAACACUGGCGACAGUCAAGAACAUGACAGUGAUCUGGACUCCGCUUCGGAGGUGUCAAGCCAAUCACAUCAACAUGCCGAGGAGCUUACAUGGGACGAAAUCUACACAAGGGACACCAUGCUACUACUCAUUACCUACUUGAUCUUUGCUUUCUGCAACGUUUCCUUCAACUCGCUGUUCCCAAUCUUUGCCCAAGCCAAGGCGCCCAUGGGACGCCAUCUUACACCCUCUGAGAUCGGUCUGUCUCAAGGAUUCGCUGGCAUUGUCACAAUCAUUUUCCAAAUUUGCAUUUUUAACCGUCUGCGCGACAAGAUGGGCAACCGAUGGUCUUACCGUGCAGGACUAUUCGGUUUUGUUAUCUCUUUCCUUCUUAUGCCUUUCAUUGGAUACAAGAGCGAGGACAGCAAGGACCUGACUAGCAAGUCUGCUCUCAUGGCCGUCGAGCUGUGCUUCGUUCUCCUGGUCAAGACCAUCGCCUCCGUCGGUGGCCUGACCAGUGCUUUGCUAUUGAUCACCAAUUCAGCCCCGAAUCACGCAGUCCUUGGCGCUGUGAACGGGCUGGCACAAACCCUCAGCGCCGCUGGCCGCUCGGUUGGCCCAUUCCUAUCUGGUGGUCUUUUCUCCCUAACAGCGAAGAUUCAGCCCAAGGGAGAAGCCCUUGCAUUCGGAGUCUUCGGUGCUGUCUCUUUCAUCGGGUUCAUCCUGAGCUUCGGCAUCCGGGGCCGUUCACUCGAGGCAGAGGGCUGGGGCGAAGACAGCGACGAUGGUAAUUAUAAAUCAGACGAAGAUGAGCCCAACGGUGCUUAA